UUAGCAAGAUGGCCGCGCGGGAUUCACGCAGAGCAGCCACCUCGUAGCAGCCGUAUCGUGGUCGAGGGGUUCCUGGUGCUGUGAGCGGGGUCCUGGUGCUGUGAGUGGGGUCCUGGCGGUGUGAGCGGGGUCCUGGUGCUGUGAGCGGGGUCCUGGUGCUGUGAGCGGGGUCCUGGUGCUGUGAGCGGGGUCCUGGUGCUGUGAGCGGGGUCCUGGUGCUGUGAGCGGGGUCCUGGUGCUGUGAGCGGGGUCCUGGUGCUGUGAGCGGGGUCCUGGUGGUGCGAGCGGGGUCCUUGUGCUGCGAGCGGGGUCCUGGUGGUGCGAGCGGGGUCCUGGUGCUGUGAGCGGGGUCCUGGUGCUGUGAGCGGGGUCCUGGUGGUGCGAGCGGGGUCCUUGUGCUGCGAGCGGGGUCCUGGUGGUGCGAGCGGGGUCCUGGUGCUGCGAUCGGGGUCCUGGUGCUGCGAUCGGGGUCCUGGUGCUGCGAUCGGGGUCCUGGCGGUGUGAGCGGGGUCCUGGUAGUGCGAGCGGGGUCCUGGUGCUGUGAGCGGGGUCCUGGUGGUGCGAGCGGGGUCCUUGUGCUGCGAGCGGGGUCCUGGUGGUGCGAGCGGGGUCCUGGUGCUGCGAUCGGGGUCCUGGUGCUGCGAUCGGGGUCCUGGUGCUGCGAUCGGGGUCCUGGCGGUGUGAGCGGGGUCCUGGCGGUGUGAGCGGGGUCCUGGUGCUGUGAAACGGCGACCCCUGCGCGAGACCCCGGUUUGGAACCGUUAGACAUGUCGAGGAGACGCGGAGGGGACGAGAAGGGGUCCAAGAUCCCGUCCAGAUUCCGGGUAGAACGUGGAGACAGUGACACCUCCAGCGCAUCGUCCUUUGGGCCAGCCUUGCCCCCUGCAUUCCGGCCGCAGCAGAAGGUGGAGGAUGAGGAGGAGGAAGAAAUCGGACCAGCCUUGCCCCCUGGGUUCCGACGACAGAAGGAGGAUGAGGACGACGAGGAGGAGGAGGAGGAGGGGGGCAUUGGGCCAGCCUUGGCCCCCGGGUUUUCUGGGCAAAGCGGCACAGCCAGUGGAUCAGGGCGGAGCCCAGCACGCAAGAAUACUGAUGACGAUGAUGAUGGCUACUUUGGACCGGCGUUGCCACCUGGGUUUGCGCCGCGGGCAUCCAUCAUUGGCCCCACCAUACCCCCAGGUGUCACCGAGCAGGACGACAGUGACUCGGAUGGGGAGAUCAUAGGGCCCAUGCCGGCUCAAGGCCCCAUUCAGUCUCGAGUGGCCGAGGAGAUUGAGCUGCGUUCGCAGCGCAUGAAGGACAAGCUCCUGGGCAAGACGGACGAAGGCCCCGUGGUGCGCGAGUCCUGGAUGAUGGAGCUGCCCGACGAUGCGAAGACGUUCGGGCUGGGGCCACGCUCAUUCCGUCGUAAGGCGGCGCCCGACGCCGGCGACCGCUCCGUGUGGACCGACACGCCGGCGGACCGCGAGCGCCGGGCCAGGGAGGGGGACGCCGACAAAGCCGGUGGGAGCGGCAAGAAGAAGAGGAAGCACAAGGUGGAGAGUGAGCCCUCCGAGCAAGACCUUCAGCUGGCCGAGGCGGUGGCGGCCUACAACGAUGCCAAUCGCGGCGUGUCGCUGAUGGACCAGCACAAGCGCAAGCGUAAGUCGGGCGGGGCGGCCUCGGGCCCCCCGCCGCCGCGCCGGCCGUUCGAUCGCGACGUCGACCUGCAGGGGGGCCGCGUGGACGGCAGGAAGCGGCAGGACAUCAUCGACAAGUCCCGGCUGCUGGGCUCGCGGUUCUCCCACGGCAACAGCCGCAUGUUCCUGUGACGGCGCCUAGGGGGAGCCCCUCGCCGCGGCCGUUGCGUUCGUCGCGGCACGACGACGCGGGACGCCCGCGGGGGAAACCGCCCGUAGGUUCGCCCCAUCUCCGCAGGGCCCCGGAGCGAAGAGGCCCGGUUGGGAAUGCGGCGGGUGGGGCCUUGGACCGCCCUGCACGAAGGGAUUGUCACGGGCAUUGCAGUCAGUGGCGUAGCCUCGGUUGGUUGGCAGUGGAGGGGUGGGGGGGGGCUACGUGGUGGACAGCAGAGGGGCAGUGCGGUGAAAUCCAUUGCUGUACUGUGCUUCUAUGCUCCCAUAUUCAUGAUGUACACCUUCACCAACACACAGACCAGCAUGGUGAAGUAUGGUCAAAUAACCUCCCACAACCCACAUGAUAUAGAUGUACAGUUCGGAUUUAUAACAUCAAUGGGAUUGCAUAGGGAUAAGAGCGGAGAGGUAAGAGAGUGCGUGGAGGCUAGUAGAGUGCGAUGAGAGAGGUGGGAGAGUGCGUGGAGGGGAGUCGAGUGAGAUGAGAGG